AUGGUUCGCCCAACGACUCUCACGGCCGUCGCCGCCACGCUUCUUGCGCAGGUCACCCGGGCCACGUACGGCCUCGACACAGUCUACGAUGCCUCCAACUUUUUCCAAGAAUUCAACCACUUUAACCAGCCCGACCCGACUCAAGGCUUUGUCGAGUACGUCGAUCAGCCCACUGCCCAGGCUGCUGGCCUCAGUGGAAUUCGCAAUGGGACCAUCUACAUGGGCGUCGACUCUACCACGCACAAUCCUCCCAAUGGCCGUCGCUCCAUCCGCGUUGAAUCCCAAAAGACCUUCACGAAGGGCCUGUUUAUCGCCGACAUUGCUCACAUGCCUUCCAAUGCGUGCGGUGUCUGGCCCGCCUUUUGGAUGUACGGUCCUAACUGGCCGACCUCUGGCGAAAUCGACAUUAUCGAAGGUGUCAACACGCAGACGAAGAACUCCAUUACUCUCCAUACCCAAAACAAGUGCCAGAUGUCGGGGUUUUCUGCCCUUGCCAGCACCUUUGUCGUCAGCGAAGAGUGCAACACCGUGACCGGCUGUGGUCAGCAGACGGGCGACAAUCAAAACUACGGCGACGGUUUCAAUGCAAUUGGCGGCGGCGUCUACGCCAUGGAGUGGACGGACUGGCGCAUUUCCAUCUGGUACUUUCCUCGCUCCAAAAUUCCCAACGACAUUAUCAGCGGCAGCCCGCAGCCCUUGACCUGGGGCGAGCCCAGCGGCAGCUUCUCCUCGGGUCAGACGUGUGACAUUGAAUCCGCCUUCAGGGAUCACAAAAUCGUUUUUGACACGACAUUUUGCGGUGUCUGGGCGGGCGAGGUCUGGGCUUCCAACAGCGAGUGCUCCGCCCACGGUCCUUCGUGCAAGGACUACGUCGCUGCCAACCCCCAAGACUUUGCUGAAGCUUUUUGGAGCAUCAACAGCCUCAAGGUCUACAAGGCUCAGUUUCUCUAG